AUGGCUCAAGUCGGUUAUAACAUGCCAGCCGCCGUUAGAGAUCUAAUAUCUGUCGGACAACUCCUCAACAUGGAGCUAGCGGUCACAACAGCUCCCGACCCGACCACUGCAUUUAUACCACUGUACAACGCGCCAGGAUACAAGACCUUCGUCGACGAAGCUCAGACAAAAGUUGGGUCUGAGUAUGAGCCCGCACAAUCAAAAGUCUUCACAAUCAACACGGGCAAGGAGGCGUCAGACUACAACUUUGGCCAAACUUCCGUAGGUGCUUCUCACGGCGGCUCGUGGCUCUACGGCUUCGGCGCCAGUGGCGCGGUAGUAACUACGAAGUCGAGCUUGCAGCAGAACAGCGCCGCUACUUCUGUUUCUGUCCAUAUUACCUAUGACUCCCUUUCCGUUAUUGACAUCACGCCGGGGCUGUGGAACGUCGACGUAUCGCAGUACAAGCUUGAAAAGGGCGCGCCCGCAAGUCUCCAGCAGCUAGUAAAGCCGACGCAGCUCGUCGUCGCUAACCGUCUCGGCUACGAAAUCACCAUUGCCGCUGAGCAGGCUGAGUCGUUUGACACCUACUGCAAGACAGUCGUCGAGGCCAGCGGUAGCUUUAGGAACUUCGGCAUGACCAGUUGGGGAGGCUCGGCUAGUUAUACCGAGGAGGAGACUCCGCACUCUGCGUCUUAUGACAGGGCUACUGGUAUCCUGAAGAUGGCGCCGAGAGAUGAUACGGGGGUUGCUAAUUUGGUUGAAGUAGUUAGGUCGAAGUUUAACAUUUUGACUACUUGA